AUGAAUACUCACAGUUAUCUCAUAGCAUGACUAACACAAUGAAGUCACAUUUAUUCGAAUUGCUCUUUUUCCUUCUCCUUUUCAUUCUCAACACAUCAACCCUUUCAGCUCAUAUCCCUCGAUUCUCUCCUUCUGUAGGAAAACAAUUAAGAAACAAGAUCAAGGGCCAACCUAAUCACUAUACAUGGAAGAACACAUUAGACAAGUUCAAAGAAUUACCUCGACCAGAUGCUCAACCAGCCAAAGAAAUCAAGGGCCUAUCCGAAAUCAAACAGUUUUUAUACGAUUUCGGUUACCUCCAACAACCUGGUCCAUUCAAUGACAUUCUAGACCAGACAACAAUUUUAGCUCUUAAGAUCUACCAGAGAUAUUUCAAUCUCCAAGUUACAGGCGACUUAAACAACGAGACUUUACAACAAAUCUCAUUACCAAGAUGCGGUGUCCCUGAUAAGAAUUUUAAGUAUGGUUUCACAGAUACAGUUAAUGUGUCUUGGCCGAAAGGAAAUACCUGGUUUCCUUUCGGCACUAGAAACCUUACCUAUGGAUUUCUUCCAGAGAGUAAAAUUCCAUUAAACUCUACACAAGUGAUGAGAAAUGCCUUAACGCGAUGGUCACGGACUACAAACGUCCUGAAUUUCACCGAAACAGCUUAUAAUGUUGCUGACAUUAAAAUUGGUUUCUACAUUUACAAUGAUGAGGUUGCGGAUGUUGUGAUAGGGAGCUCUGUUAUAAGCAAGCAACUCAAUUCUAAUGUAACGUCAGGUGUGAUAUCACUUGAAGCUUCAAAGUACUGGGUGUUGCCGGAUGACAACUCCACUUGGUCAUGGAAGGAUGGAGAAAUCGACUUGGAAACUGCGGUGAUGCAUCAGAUAGGACAUAUAUUAGGACUUGAUCAUUCUUAUGAUGAUGAGUCAAUUAUGUAUCCAACAAUAUUGCCAUCACAGCAAAGGAAGGUGCAGAUAACAGAUUCAGAUAACAAAGCCAUCCAACAACUCUAUUCCAAUGUUACUAAAGACAACAACACAAGUUCUGGUUACGUUGGACGCUUCACACUGUUUGGGUCCAGUUACGGCUUUGUAAUAUCUCUGUCCCUUGGAUUUGCUUUCAUGGCUAUGCUCAACUAGCUUCUGGAAUUAUAUCCUUUCAUUGGGAAAUGAAUAAUUUAUUUGUGUGAUAUUAAUUCUGUCUAAUUUUCAGUUAUUUCCUACAAUGUAUUUAAAUGUACUUUCUUAUCGUUUUUUUUUUUUAUGUGGAGUGGUAUUUCUGUUGAAAACUAAUUUCUGAAUUUUGUUUUGUAAGUGUGGGUUUUAGGUGAAUUGUCCUGGAAUGAAUUUCAUCUCAACGAAGUUCAACAAAGUUGAUUUAUUUUUA